AUGGAUUUGAAAGGAGCCCUGGCAGCAUGUACGACGCGCAAGAAAGCUGUUGUUCGACUCAAUGUCUAUGAUAUGUAUUGGCUAAACGAUUACGCCUCAAAUAUUGGAUUUGGUAUAUUUCAUUCGGGAAUCGAAAUUUUCGGAGUUGAGUAUGCCUACGGUGGUCAUCCGUAUCAAUUCAGCGGGGUAUUUGAAAAUACACCACAGGACGCCGAAGAACUUGGCGAAAAUUUCAAGUUCAAGGAGUCGAUUGUGGUUGGUGAGACCGAGCACAGCGCAAUGGAUGUUCGUCGCCUUAUUAAAGCGCUUGGCGACGAAUUCCGUGGAGAUCGAUAUCACCUAAUCUCCAGAAACUGCAAUCACUUCAGCGCGGUUCUUGCUCGAGCACUCACUGGCAAAGAUAUCCCAAAUUGGGUUAAUCGGUUGGCGAAUUUGAGCGGAAGCAUUCCAUUUUUAGAAAAGUGUAUUCCACAAGAAUGGCUUACACCAAUCGUGCUUCAAGCAUCCGUUGAUGAGAAGAAACGUGCUUCCGUUGAUUCGGCAGAAGAAGCUGUUGAAGGAUUGACAAGUGGAGGAUUGAAUGAUUCUCGAACUACAAUUCUUGACAAUCAAACAGCAAAUGGUGCUAUUCUAAUGUCAGCGUCAUCAUCAGUUAACGAUCGCCUCAGAAUGUCACCAUCAUCAUCGUCAGCAUCGUCUUGUGAUACGUCGGACUUUGAUGAUGUGAUGACUGCAAGAAACACAACAAUGAAUAAUGGCAAUCAGAAGUCGCGCAGCAAUUCACCUCCUAUCUUCCGCUUCUGGAAUACACUGAAGGCAACGCUUAAUGGUGCUGUAGCCCCUCCGCCACCUGGGACAACAACGGUAAUACCAGUUUCGUCAGCUUCGCAAAUUGGAAGAGCAACGACGGGAGUUGCGUCCAGGGAGAACGGAUUAACGUCAUCGCGCGCUGCAUCUGUCACCUCGGAAUAUUAG